AAUGAGCAAGUAAGCAGACGGGCACGGCACAUUCUCCUCCCGCCAUCUGUGCUUUUGCCUCAUGCUUACGGACCAUUUGUUAGAGACAACAUUGGCACGUCAGCCUGCGAUUUCGGACUCGACCCCGGGGGCUGAAGCGGCUGAGGGCAGGUGUCUUGCCUGGGGGAGUUGGUGAGAAGAGAUGGGGUGCUGCAGCAUGAGUGCCCGGCGAGCUGCAUCGGCGGGGACAUGCCAGGAUGAGAUGGAGCUGCUGGAAAUAGGUGGUAGCAGAAAAUGGUCCAUUUCAGAAGCGCAGAGUGAAGGCUCCCUCCAUCUCAAGGAUCCCGUGACCGCGACUGAGACAGGAGGUAACCUGAGGCUAGCUGAAGAGGAAGAUUUUCAAGGGAGGAUCAGCGAGCUGAACCCACAGGCAGAAGUGCUGUGGGGGAGAACACGGGAGGAACUAAGGAACUUCCUAGUCACACAGCCCAUCACUGGCUGGGAAGGGAGGAGCAUCCACUCCCUUGGGGAAAUAGUAUGGUCCUCACUGGUUCUUAUGCGCAGCUGUCACAUGCAGGAGAUGUCCGAACGGUACAUUGUGCUGUUCCCCUUCCAGCUGUUGAUUCUAUCAGUGGAUCACACGAAGAAGGCGUUUGUCUACCAGGGCCUGCUUCCACUGGCGGGGAUGAGUGUGAGGGAUGUGCCGAGUGACACCGGCUGCGUGUUUGAAAUGAUGGGGCCCAUGAUAGAAUCCAGGAUCAUCUCAUGCCCGAGUCCAGCUGAAUUCCACAUCUGGGUUCUCAGCAUCCAGCAGCACAUCAAGAUGGCAAAUGCUCACUGUCCAGCCCACCCCAGCAAUAUCGUUCCUUUCCUGGUUCCAUGUGAUGAGCAGUGGAAGAAACGGAAGCUGAUGAAGCAUCUGUUUUACACCACCAUUCUGAAGUGGGAAGGGAAACCCAUCCAGCACCUAGGACGGAUACACUACCUGGCCAUGGUGCAGGUGGCUUAUGCCAGCAUGGGGGACUUUAAAGAGCGGCUGCUGGUGCUGUUUCCAGAGGAUCUGGUUUUCCUCUCCGUCGACAGAGAGAGAACCUGCAUUGCGUAUGAGGGAAAACUCCCCCUAGCUGGGAUCCAGGCAAAGGAGAAAUCUGCUGUGCUGGGGCGGCUGGAAUUUGAAAUCACCGGAAGCCUGACGGAACCGAUCCUGGUCACCUGCUGCACCGCUGAAGAUUAUGAAAAAUGCCUCUUCUACCUACAAAAGCCUGAGCAAAACCUUGACACUGUGACUGUCCAGCCGCCACCCAUGGUACCGAAGAAAUCGCUGCAGCGUUAGAACUAUGGAGCCUAUGGAAAAGGCCCAGUGACAGCGCUGACUGUAGGAGCCAAACUGAUGGCUAAGGAUGCUGGAGGAAGGAGCCCACCACUGGCAAAACUAGAGAUGGACCAGAAAUAACUUGAAUCCAAACCCCUCCAGACUGAGAAGGUUGAAUUGUGAGUCCUCGAUCUGAACCUACCCUGUGGGGUAUGGUCCCCAGCUGGACUCAUUCAUUUGUGCCCAGAUUAGCUGCUGUUCCCGAUGGCCUGUUGGAAUCCCCUGGAUAUAAUCCCAGUUGAUCAGACUCCUUGGGGAGGAAUCCUUCCUGGUUUGAUCACUUUAUUUAUUGGCUGCUGCUUCUUGGAGAGAGAAAUAACCUAAGGUAGUGUGUAAAUAGGAUGAAUAAAACCCAUCAGCCCAAAUCCAAGCCUUGUGCAGAAAGGACCAUUCCUGUGACAGAGUUUAAGGCCAGACGGGACCACCCAAUGACCUCCCCUAUAGCACAGGCCACCAACACCCGCCCACGAAACCCAGCACCCAGAAUGAGACCAAAGUAUCACAGCCCAGAGGAGACUAGACCAGUAUGUGCCACAGGCAGAGACUAGGAGGGAUGGAGGUGCACCAGUGCCUGAGGCCCAUGAAGGAGCAGGGAAAUAAUCAAGUGUGAUAUACCCAGAUAAUCCUGACUAGUGACCUUCACCCACCUGCUGCAGAGGAAGCUGACCCCCACCCUGCCCCCCGUCACUGCCAAUCUGAGUUGGGGGCAAAUUCCUUCCCGACCCGACAUACGGCGACCAGCUAGACCCUGGGCAUGUGAGCGAGAACCAGCCAGCCAAGCAUCUGAGAGAGAGACUGCUCAGUGUCAUGUCACAGCCCUGGCCCUCUCCAUCCAAUGGCCCCUCUCCGCCCGUGGCCAUCCCGUAUGCUUCCAAGGAAGGAGAUUGAUAAAAAGAAAACUGGGAUACAUUGGGAAGUGAAGGGAAUCCCUUCCUGACCCCUGCAGGUGGCUGGCUGAAGCCCUGUGCAUGAGCUUUUAGAUGUAAAUCAGAAGCGACCCCAAGGGCUGCCCAGCCCUGCCCCCCACCCUCACAAGGAACCCCAUCACACUCUCUCUCAAAACUAAUUAAGUUGUUUGCUUCCCAGCUCCUACGGGAGGCUGUCCCAGGACCUCCCUCCUUGGAUGGGUAGAAACCCUCUUCUAAUUCCCAGCCUGAAGUGGUUUAGGGCCUGUUUACCCCCAUUUGUUCUUAUGCUAACGUUGUCCUUUAGCUUAAAUAGCUCUUCUCCCUCCCUGGUGUUUACCUUUCCCCGUCCCCUGGACGUAUUUAAAGAGCGUAAUUGGGUCCCUUCCUGGGGGUCCCAGGUUCUGAGGCACCUCACUACCACCUGCCCUUAGCAUGAGGCAGUGGUCCGUGCUUGCUGUGAAUCAGCUCCCUGAAACCACCAGCCUCUGGCAACACAAGUACUCCCUUCCAGGUGUCCACUGGCCUCAUGCUCCCUCUGUGGGCGUUAGCAAUGAGCACACACUGACCCCUGAGUCCUCCGAGCAGCCUUCUGCAGCACGCACCCCUGGUCCACUGAGGACUCCCAGAACUCUCAGAUCCACUAUUCCCAAAGCUGGCAAAAGUCAAAUCAGGGGCCCCACUUUACUGAACCCACCACACUUAGAUAUGUAUAUAUAUAUAGAGAGAGAGAGAAAACAAGAAUACGUUUAUUAUUAAAAACAGAGAUUCAAGUGAUCGUGAGUAAGAAUAUUGGACAUAAAUGAUUACACAGAAAACAAAAUCAUACCAUACUUCCUAGAGCCUAAACUUAAACCAAGGCAUUCCCCCGUCUCCUGCAAGAUAGCUUAUCCCGAAUCCUUUUCCCAGUGUUUUCAACCAGAUGGAUCGAGAUCCCCUUUUCACAAAAUCAAGCCAGAUGGCAGCUUGUCUUCAUGGAAGGAGCCAAGGGUGUAUUUCUGCUCCCCCAAAUAUACCAGAACAAACCUUUGAUGUUCACCUUCAAAUAGGGUCCUCCCACCCCCACUGCUUACCUCUUCCUGUUAAUUUCCUUCUGAAGUCUCUGCCAGCACUUCAACAGCAUUUGACUCAGCAUGCUAAUAGAUUGUAUUGUAUGACACACAAUACCCUGUGAUCCACCAGGGAGGUAAGUGUCUCCCGCCCCAUGUCUGGAGAAAUCGGUCUCAAGACACGCUACCUUUCACUGGCCUGCUUUUACCUACAGACCUAGCAAACAUAUUCUUAGUAUAUAUACACAAUUCCUCACUUAUUCUCUGUCCAUACAGCUCACAACGGUUAGGAUGACCAGUGCAAAACAGGCUUUCAGUAGAGAACUACACUAUCCCUUUUGGUGAACCCACGGGAUCCCUGUGCCCGUGCCCUGUGCCAGUUGGCAUCAAGAGCAUCCUUGAGUCACAGUAAUCAUAUCGCCUUCUUUUUUGCUAGGCCAAACAAGCCAAGCUCUCAUAAGAUAAGCCCUCCAUCCCCCUGAUCAUCCUAGUCGUUUUUCUCUGCACCUCUUCCAGUUUGAAUUUAUCUGCCAUGAACAUAGACCUGUCUCUUCCUUGUGUUGGUAUGAAUCUAUAUUAUGUCCUGUCUUGCAGUUCUCUAUACUUCAUCCUCAUUUUCCCUUAGGCUCUGGUCCCUGGCAAUCUCUAUUAUCUCUUACUCUUUUCUGCAGGGACUGGCUUCCCUUCUUUCCUUCCUCACCACCCCAUUGUCUGCCUCCUUCUCCUGCUCAUACCCCAGUGCAGCAAACCUGUUACUUGGCCACCACUAGCUGUUCUUUUCCUCUGCCUUAUUCUCAUGGUCAUGUUCUCCCAUGGAUCACCCUCCUCUUCUGGCAUUUCACCCUCCGGGUCCUUUUGUUCAGCAGGUGUCCGCAAUUCUCGAGUUGUCUGUGUCACCUGCUCUCUCCUCUCCUGCAUUAUACCUUCAAAUCCUUGUCUGAAUUCCAUCAGCUCCAGGGGCAUCUCUAAGCCUUGGAUCUUCUCUGCCAUGAGCUCUGUCAAGCGAAUUUCAUGCAUAAGUAGCUUCCCGCAGAUACCCACUCAAGGAUGCUGUACAUCCUGCUGCUUCUGUAUCCGACCAUCUUCUUUGUCUUCUCACCUCCUCAGGUCACUUCUAGUGCUGCCUCAGUAGCCAUCGUCUUCCUUUCCUAGACCCUAUUCCUAGAAAAAAACAAAUGGGGGGCAACCCAAACUGCCACAGAAAUGCUGAUCUCCACUGUUACCUGCUACCUGUUUGCAUUCAAGUUCGCUAGUGACUGGCUUUUAAACCUAACCAAGCGAGGUCAGCACCUCCCUUUCCAUAUUACAUCCAUAUUUAGGAGCCUAAAGCAAUGGCCUGAUUUUUAAAGGUGCUAAAUAAAUUAAUGGAGAUAUCCUAUCUCUUAGAACUGGAAGGGACCUUGAAAGGUCAUCAAGUCCA